AUGGCGGCUCUCCGAGAAACAUACAACGUCCAUAUUGCCGUCAUCGGCGGUACUGGGCUUAGAGAAUUACCCGAUUUCACACAAGUUGCAUCUCUCAACAUCACCACGCCAUGGGGACCACCGUCUUCUCCGAUAACAAUCCUCCAUCACACCUGUUCGACAACUGGCAAGGUAGUCCCUGUCGCAUUCCUGAGUCGGCACGGUCUGCAUCAUGAGUACGCACCGCACGAAGUACCAGCGCGCGCAAACAUUGCUGCCCUCCGAUCAAUCGGGGUACGAAGUAUUGUCGCUUUUUCUGCCGUUGGGAGUUUGCAGGAGGCCAUUAAACCGCGAGACUUUGUCGUACCAGACCAAGUUAUUGACCUGACGAAGGGAGUGCGGCCGUGGACGUUUUUCGAGGGCGGCGCAGUGGCACAUGUUGGUUUUGCGGACCCGUUCGAUGAGCAGAUGGCGAAGGUGGUGCGGGCAUGUGGGCAUAGCUUGGAAGGGGAUGGCGUUGUGCUUCAUGACCGCGGCACACUCAUAUGCAUGGAAGGUCCACAAUUCAGCACACGUGCAGAAAGCAAGCUCUACCGCUCCUGGGGCGGCAGCAUAAUCAACAUGUCGUGCAUUCCCGAAGCAAAACUUGCUCGGGAAGCUGAGAUUGCUUAUCAGAUGAUUUGCAUGUCCACAGAUUAUGACUGCUGGCACUCGGAGGCGGCAGAUGUAACUGUCGAUAUGGUCAUGGCCAAUAUGAAAAUGAACUCGGUGAAUGCGAAAAACUUCAUUGGAGCGGUGCUCGAUGAACUUAAAAAGGAUGAACAUGCAGCUCUCGUGCAAGCAAAGCAUUUGGAAGGCACAUGUAAAUUUGGGCUGAGUACUACUCCAGGAUACCUGAGCGCUGAAGCCCUCACAAAGCUCUCCUGGCUCUUCCCGGGAUAUUUUAACAAUAAUUAG